AUGAACAUUGCGGCCACUCACGAAGGCGUCGUGCAUAGCGAGAGUCCGAUGGACAUUAAGACUACCACUGAAGGCGCGGUCCACAGCGAGAGUCCGAAGAACCUUGCGACCAUACUUGCAGAUGACCCGCUUGGCGGGAGACCGAUAGACAUUGCGACACAACCUUAUCAUGGAGUCAUUAUGCGCCUAGCGGCCCUUGAUCGUACCGAGAUAUUUUGGGACAUUGCCAGAAGCGAGGGAUUCAUAGACGCGUCGGCGCUCAGAGAUGUGCUACAGCGUUAUGGAUUUCGUCCGCCAUCGAAAACACGAUACGCUCAGAUCAUGGCAAGCGAAGUAGUCGAUACGAGCGGUAAAGCAGCCGAUGCGACACGCAAAGUGGUCGACGCGAAAGGCAAAGCAGUCGACAAAAAAGGCAGAGAGGUCGACUCAACAGGAGAAGCUAUUGAUGCCAUGCUACUGGUGAAUAACCCGGCCGAUGUGAUGCGGGCGUUGGUGUCGCUUCACAUGUUUGAAGAUAUGAAAGAUGAAGCCAGCGUGCUGACAAGAGAAUUACUAUCACGCUUCAUGAGGCGUCCGAUAGUGUUUUCUUGUAUGUGGAUGGCGUCAGGAUUGAGACCUGAAGCGGUAUUCAGAGCCUUCGGCUUUGAUUGGAACAAGUUGGACCGCAUAUCGCUAAUAUUUUUGGACGAGUUGAUGGAGUAUAUAGGCCUGUUCAAAGAAGUGCACCCGAGUACCUCCAGCGCUGAUGACACGGCGAAACUAUUGUUUGAUUUUAAAGAUGCGAAAGGACUGGAUGCUCAUCUCAAGGAGAUUGCUGAUCAACCUGGAUAUGACGCCCUCGCUAGUUCGCUACAUGAUCUUUACCUCGAUGUUGAAGACUUCAACCCUCGCGCGAAAAGGGAGUAUUACGGGCCUGCCAUCAGAAGACAUUUAUCACAUGAAUCUACUCUCGUCGAUGACGACAAAUUCUGGAAUUUUGCCGGACUGAAAGGACCAAUAGACGUGAAGGCACUGAAAAAGUACUUGGAUCAUAACACAGCCAAUGGUCAAAAGCGCAUUAGCGCACGUGAGAUCAUCAAAGCUUUGUUGUUGACUACAGGUCCGACCGAUGUGGCGCAGGCACUGUCAUUGCUUUAUGCCUCGAACCUAGGAAAACAGGAUGCGAUCGAGUUGUCGAAAAACCUGGUUUUACACUACUUUCAAGAACCAGGAGUAACAUCCCGCCUGUGGAUGGAGCUGGGAUUGGACCCCAAAAACAUUUACGACAUGCUCUCGUUUCGCUCUGCCAAGAUAUAUGAAAUACUUCCGCGUCACGUGUAUGAGUGGUUCACAUACAUUGAGCUGUACAGAGCGGCGCAUUCGAAGUCGGCAUUAGGCCCCGAAGAGGCAGCAAACCUUUUGGUUCGGAACGAUGGAACAAAAGGACUGGGCGCGUGGGUUACGCGCUUAAAAAAGUUUCGUGAGUACAAGGAUGUUGCUAACACGCUAAGCAAAAUUUACGAAAAAAGACGGACAAAGGAGGCUAACACGCUUCUUGCGAACACGGGGACGUAG